UGCCUCCCCCGGGAUGUGAUCUGGACUCCACUGCUUGCUCCGUGCCUAGUUAGAGACGCGAUUCCCCUCCCCUCCCCCUGCUGCGCCCCGUCCGUCCCUCUCCACGCCGUUUCGCCCUGUCCCGUCCCAGAGCCGGCCGCCUCAGAGAGCUGGCUGCCGCCCGCCGCCGCCUCCAUGCAUCCCGCCCUGUACACGCGGGCCAGCAUGAUACGUGAGAUUGCCGCGGCUGUGGGCUUCAUCUCCAAGUUCUUGCGGACCAAGGGACUGAUGAACGAGCGGCAGCUGCAGACGUUCAGCCAAAGCCUGCAGGAGCUGCUGGCAGAACAUUACAAACACCAUUGGUUCCCAGAAAAGCCCUGCAAGGGAUCAGGUUACCGCUGCAUCCGGAUCAACCAUAAAAUGGAUCCCCUGAUUGGACAGGCAGCUCAGCGGAUUGGAUUGAGCAGUCAAGAACUGUUCCAGCUGCUUCCCAGCGAACUCACUCUAUGGGUUGACCCCUACGAAGUGUCCUAUCGGAUCGGAGAGGAUGGCUCCAUCUGUGUGCUGUAUGAAGCUGCACCGGCAGGAGGUAGCCAAAAUAACAGCAACAUGCAGAUGGUAGACAGCAGGAUAAGCUGUAAGGAGGAACUUCUCUUGGGCAGAACUAGCCCUUCCAAAAGCUACAAUAUGAUGACUGUAUCGGGUUAAGAUAUGGUCUGUGGAUGGAUUCACCUUUAAAAUGGAUGGAUUAAAUUUGGUUUUUACUUUUGGGUGGGCACCUCUGGGGAUGGAUUAUGGAAUUUAAACCAUGUCACAGCUGUGAAGAUCUGGCACACGUUAGAGUUGGUAUACUUUAAAGUGACAGUGCCAUAGUUUGGACAGUACCUUUCAGUGAUUUAAUAGCCUGUGAGUCAAAACGAUUGCAACUUGCUAGGGAAUGAAGAAGAUCUAGGAAGGCUCAGUUUCUCCAAGACAUCUUACUUAAUUUCUACACCAGUUUUGAAACACACCCCCUCCCCCCAAUCUUAUUUAUAAAAAGUGAUUCUCUGCAGUAGGUCUGGCAGAGUAAAUUUGCACUAAGACAUUUAUUAAUUGUUGGCGUUUUUGGCAGCUCAGUACAAGACUUAUUGAACACCAUAGUCCUGGAAAUCUUUCUUUUUCAGACUUUAACCUAGUACUUAACAAAAAUCUUUAUAAAUGUACCUAAGAAAGCAGUAAGUAUGACCUGGGGAAAUGGUCAGAUCUUUAGAUUGGCGUCAAAAGUAGCAAGUGAGCAGAAUCUGCCAUGGCAACAGGCUUUAAAAAGACCAUCUAAAGACACUGUCUGAACUGUGGUGUUAGCACCAGCCAGCUAUCUGUACAUUUGCUAGCUUGUAGUUUUCUAAGACUGAGUAAACUUCUUAUUUUUAGAAAGUGGAGGUCUGGUUUGUAAUUUCCUUGUUCUUAAUUGGGUAAAAGUCCUUUUCCACAAACCACCAUCUAUUUUGUGAACUUUGUUAGUCAUCUUUUAUUUGGUAAAUUAUGAACUGGUGUAAAUUUGUACAGUUCAUGUAUAUUGAUUGUGGCAAAGUUGUACAGAUUUCUAUAUUUUGGAUGAGAAAUUUUUCUUCUCUCUAUAAUAAAUUGUUUCCUAU